CCCACACCCCACCCCUAUCCCCGCCAACCCCCGGGCCACGGGAAGGCCGCCGCGAUGGCUCUCCACGUGUGUGGCCUCGCGCCGUGACGCGGGGUGCAAGGUCCCCGGCUGCCGGGAAACUGAGGCACGGUGCUGCCAUCGCCCGCCCUUGGCCGUCCCUCGCCUCCCCUCUCCUUUCCAAGAGCGCGUCGUGACGGAACGGAGGGAACGUGCUCAAAUUGAAAGUUGCGAAGCUGAGGCACUUUCAGGCUGCGUGGCGGUCAGUGAGCUGUCAAAGGUGCUGUUCAGCACGGCCUUUUGGCAUCUCCCUGUAAUUCUGUUGUCUUGCAGAAGACUUGUUUGGAUGGCCCAGUUUUAAUGUCGCGAUACAUCCACUGUAACACAUCUAAAGCAGCACUUGCGUUGCAAUUCGAUCAUGGAACAAUAGCCCGGAAGGGAAUGCGAGGCCGGGCUGUCCAUCAGUGCUGACCUGGAGGCAGCAGCGAUGUGUCUUCAUUUGCUGCAGACAAAUGUUUGUUCUCCAGGAUGUCCGGGGAGGUGCCUCAGCCUGUGGGGUCUGCGUCGGUGCUGCUUUAGCUUUCCCUCAGAUCACUUUUUCCUGAGUCACUGGUGUAAUUUAAGCUUGUUUGUUUAUUUUUCAUGCCUGACAGGAACGUGGAAAUCAGAGUGUCCCUUUGUAACAGCCUCUUACAUAUUUUAGGACUGUUAUCUGCCUCUUCUGCCUUAUCUUCUCCAGACUAAACAACCUGAUUACUUGCAGUCUUCCCUCAUAGAUCAUGUUUUCUAAAGCUCUAAUCAUUCUCAUCACUCUCCCUUGGACUCUUCCUUUGGUUCAUGUAAUUUUUGGAAGGGCAGUGAUGACAAGCUGGAAGCUGCUGGGGCUGAAUAGAGUGGAGAAAUUCUUACAGGCUCCACUGUUUGCCCAGAACAAGAACUUUUCAUAGCACAUGACACUUUUGUGUUCUCCUCAUGAUCUGUUGAAGCUCCAGCUUUUUCUGCAGAACUCAUACGUGAGCAGUUAUUCCACUUUUCAAGUUUCUGCAUAAGAAACAACCUCGUUUGAGUUGAUCUUUCAGACCAUAUUGCAGUACCAGAAUUCUUACACUGAGAGAUGCUUAGCUUUGGGAAAGAGCCCUCUGUGCCUUUGGCAGCUCCAGCCAGUUCACUGCCAACAUUUCUGUCAUUUCCAAAGCUUCCUGUCCUUCCAGACCACCCAGGUGAGAAGACAGGGAUUGAACUAUUGAAGUCCAGUGGUUUGGUGGCUUCACUGGUGGCUCUGCACCUCCCAUUCAAGAUUUAGUGCAGAGCUUUCAUUGUCCCUGCUGAGGGACAGAGAGGUCUGUGCAUCCCAUUUGGCUUCUCCACAGCUGUGGGGAGAUGACUGAAGCGCAACUCUGCCAUUUCAGUUUUGGGGACUAAUACACUGCUGCUGGUAGAGAACUUUCCAAGGAAGUGUUGUGUUUCUGUUUAUUUUGUUGAAUUUUCCUUUCUCUUUACUCCUGAUUCAGAGGCAUGACAUGUUCAGUGUGUUUGCUGUUUCCUUCUAGGUACUUUCUCUCUUGUAAGGAAAUGUAGGGGAGAGCACCUUUAUGAGCGAAGAGAUUUUUAUUUUAAAAGCCUCUGAUUAGUCUUGUGGGUGAUUCAGAUGGUUCAUCCUCUCAUUGUCUGAGUGAUUGAUGAUGACAAGUGAGUUGAUCAAAGGCACUGCAAAUUGUUAACGCUGAGACAAAAUCAUUACUUAAAAACCAUUGUACUUGCAGUUUUCAGUUAUCAAUCAAUUUGACUUAGAAAUGAGUUAGAAUUACAGCACUGGGAAAAGAAAUCAGUCUUUGACACACUGAAUAAUCUUAGAUUGAAUUAAUAACUCAGUCUAAAUGUGCUUUGCUCUCUGUAGUAGCUGGCUCUGUUGUGAGUGCUCCAUGGAUGAGGUCCAGCAGCAUCAGCUAUUCAGCUGGGUUUGCUCUCAACAGCUGCCCAUUCUUUCUGGAAAUUAUUACAAUCAAGGAGAGAUUCGUAAGAAAGAGCUGGAACAGAGUUGUUAUGUGCUGGGGAUUCCUGCUUCUGAUGUCACAGUCAUUGAUCACAGCAACAGGUGACCAGAGACGUGAAUUACUUCAGAAUACUUGGACUUACAGAACAGCACCAGGGUCAAGAGAUCUUCCUGAUGAUCCUGCUGUGGAGUGGGACACACAGCUCCUGGCCACCCUUGUCCUGGAGCACAUAGAAGCCAAGAACAUCAACCUGAACAUGCUGUGUGCCAUCUGGCAGUGGAGCAGGGGCUGCAGUUCCAGCAUGCCUGAAAGGAAGGAUUGCAAGGUGCUGACGUUUGAUGCAGGAGGAGUGAGUGGCCAUGCCAACCACAUCUCUCUCUACACUGCUGUCAGGUACCUGCAUUCAGAGGGGAAGUUACCUGAAGUUCAGGCUUCUGUACGGUCACUUUUCAGUCCCUUGGGGUUGUCCUGCCUCAGUGGUGUGAUGCAGUGUCUGGCCUGUGCCUCUUGGUUCUCCAGCCCAGGCACAAGCACUUGUUUCAAGAAGCCAAGACAACUGCUGGACGUGCUCCCACCCCUGCCACUGGCCCCUUCCAGCUACACCCAGUGCUCUUCCAGAAGAACCUGUGCCUCCUUCCAUCAGGAGCAGUGCAGGCCUGCAGCACACACAGUGCUCACUCAGAAGCUCAUUCUAGGCAUCCUUGCUGCCUGAGUGAUUUGGAAGUGGAAAGCCAAGCUGAGCAGGCUGCAGGCUUCACACACUUCUAUUCUCAGCCUAAUCCAUGAGCUAUAUUGAUCCUGCCCUUUCUGCCAACCUGGAGAGGUUGCAUUACACUGCUAAUCCCAUCCUGCCCAGGUCACAGGCACAGCAGGCUCUGAAAAGCUUCACCUGCUGGUGUCACAGGACUCCUCAAUGGCAGCACUGCUCUCACCCUGCUUGGCAGGGAGCAGCCUGUUUCUCUGAACCCUUUUUCAU